CUGUUGCUUCCGCCGCUGCUCUGCCACCCUGCCGUAGGACGGUCCCGCGUUCUCCGCUCUGAAAAGAAUGGCCGUGACUCUAGAGCAGGCCCGGCGGGUGGGCUAUACCUGCUUGAAAGCACUCCUCAGGUUCGCUUUUAUGGUCGCCAAUAACCUGGUUGCUAUUCCAUCCUACGUCUUGUAUUUAAUUAUGCUGCAGCCUCUACGAGUAUUGGAUAGUAAAAGCUUCUGGUAUAUCGAAGGAGUAUUAUUUAAGUGGCUAUUAGCUAUGGUGUCUUCCUGGGGCUGGUGGGCAGGAUAUACAGUAGUGGAAUGGGGUGAUGAUGUUAAAGCAGUAUCAGAAGAUGAAGCCAUGGUGCUGGUGAACCAUCAAGCAACGGGUGAUGUCUGCACUCUGAUGAUGUGCCUUCAAGAUAAAGGCACGGUUGUCCGUCAGAUGAUGUGGCUGAUGGAUCAUAUUUUUAAGUAUACAAACUUUGGCAUCGUGUCUCUAAUCCAUGGAGACUUCUUUAUAAGACAGGGAAAAGCACACCGUGAACAGCAGCUUGUAUUACUGAAGGAGCAUCUAGAAAAAUAUUACAGGAGCCGUAACCGGAAAUGGAUUGUUUUAUUUCCAGAGGGUGGUUUUCUUAGGAAAAGGAGAGAAACAAGCCAGGAAUUUGCCAAGAAAAACAAUUUGCCAUUUCUUAAACACGUCACCCUGCCGAGAACUGGGGCAACACAAGUAAUUAUGAAAACGCUUGUAGUGCCUCAAGAAAAUGGAACUCCAGCAGGUAGAGACACUGUGAUAAAAGAGAAUAAAUCAAAAGGCCUUCAGUGGGUGAUAGAUACCACCAUUGCUUAUCCCAAAGGUGAACCCAUAGACAUCCAAACUUGGAUUCUCGGCUACCGACAACCAACAGUUACUCAUGUACACUACAGGAUUUUUCCUGUUAAAGAUGUACCUGCAGAGCCAGAAGCUCUUACACACUGGCUAUAUCAACGAUUCAUUGAGAAGGAGGAUCUUUUGACACAUUUCUAUGAAACAGGAGCUUUUCCUCCGCUGCAGGGUCAAACAAAAGCCAUUUCUCGGGAGAUGACCCUCAGUAACCUGUGGCUUGUCGUCAUCCAAUCCCUUGCGUUUUUGUCAGGCGGUAUGUGGUACUGCAUCUUGCAGUAUUUUUAUCAUUGCCUCUUUUAAAAGUGGACUGGGACCUGAGGACACAAUGGGAAUCCAGGCUCUUGCAAACAAGUAUCAUGUUGUAUGUGCAAAUGUGAAUAUUCAAGAGUAAAGGAAAAUACUGGACAGACUCUUACUUCUCUUUGGGAAAACUCCAAUGAAAGUGAAGAUCAGU